UUCCCACCUUCGUGUCCUUGUUCCCUGUGGCAAUUUAGACAUUUGACUUAAAAUAUAACCACCAGUUUUGCAGAAACUUGGCUGCAUCUUAUCCACAACCGUCCCACUCCCAAACUAUCACUGAUUUACAAUCUCCUCUUCCCCUAACCAUUCAAGAAAAGUACAUCCAUACAUACAGCUAUAGCCGGACAGAAUUACAGAAUAUCACAAACAAUAGAACAAGGCCAGGGCAGAAAUGUCAGUCGCAUCAUCGCCUUCAUUCCCAUGCAUCAAAAUCCCCAACACUUCAUCUCCAACUCCAUCAUCAUGCUCUUCUUCCGCCCGCUCUUCUUCUUCCUCCACGUUCAGAUUCACCAUAAGAAGCUCUCAAGCUGAGGGCCCUUUAAGAAGGCCGGUGGCUCCGGCACCUGUAAAGCCCGUCCCACCAUCUCCACCACCACCAACUUCUCCGCCCACUUCCUCUCAGCCACCGAGCGCGCCUCCCAAGCCGGCUGCUGCUGCUGUGGGCGACAAGGGUGUGAUUACCUUGGAGUUCCAGAGGCAGAAGGCCAAAGAGCUUCAAGAGUAUUUCAAGCAGAAGAAGCUUGAGGAAGCCAAUCAAGGUCCCUUCUUUGGGUUCAUUGGAAAGAAUGAAAUCUCCAAUGGCAGGUGGGCAAUGUUUGGUUUUGCUGUGGGAAUGUUGACAGAAUAUGCAACAGGCUCAGACUUUGUGGAUCAAGUUAAAAUCCUGCUCUCCAACUUCGGAAUUUUAGAUCUUGAAUGAGAAUUGAUCUUCUACCUCCCCUUCAGCUUCCCCACUUUUUAACUUGUGUAAUCAUGUAUAAAAGUUUAUAUAAAUACUCCAUUUGGGUGAUUUAUUCAGUUUCUUGAGUGAUAACAAACAUGAAAGGUAGUAAAAUUUCAAGUGCACUAGCAUGAUUCAAUUCUUGAUAUUUGUUUACAUUCUUGAAAGACAAUGGAAUUAUGACAAAGAACCAAUUCUGGGAUGUAUGAUGAUUAAA